UUUUCUGAAAGAGAAGAAGUCUAGCUGCACAUAGAGGGAGAGGGGAAAAACUGAGUGAGAGAGGGAGGGAAAGUGGAUGUCCAUAAAUAUCACAGAAAGAGGGAGAAUUAAUGAGUGGGGAGGGAUAAAGAAGUGAUCUGGGCUUAGCAGCUCAGACAAGGCUGAAAUGAAGAGACCCAAACUGGGGAUCGCUGUGCUCUUGCGGUGAAGUCACACUCUUGGAAGGCUGAAUUCGGCAAGGGAAGCUUUUCUUCCUGUCCCAGGUGAGCCAGACAUUUGACAUCACCAUAAACCCCGUGGAUGACUCCUUGCCCAUCGUGCAAAUCUUUGGGAUGACAGUUCAGGAAGGGGUGAGAAAAACCAUCAUGGAGUUUGAGCUCAAAGCGACAGAUGCUGACACAGAGGUAAGGCAGGACCACCCCCAGCCUCCUUGCUCCCCUCUUGUGCUGCACACCUGGGCUUGUGUUUAAAGACUUAACACUGAAUUUACGCUCAGCAUGGAUGGAAAUGGCACUUCCUCUUCUUCCUGGGUCUGGCCAGAGGCUGAGCUGUCUAACAUUGGCUCUAUCUCACUGCUGUUUCCCCUGCAGCAAGAGAUCUGGCUGCCUGAGCCAAAAUCCUGCCCCAAAGGUUUUUGCCCUGGCAGAAGUAGCAAGGGACACACUGCCCGGAAUGGCUGCAGGACUGGGGGCUGCUCUAGUGUUCGUGGAGCAGGCACAGGGGUGGGUGGGAGCUGUCUCAGAUCAGCUGAAGCAGGAAUUCGGUGGGAUGUGCCUUGUUUUAUAGGGAGACACCUACAAAACAAAAUCCCUUGGGAGAGGGACAAGGACAGGGCGGGGCUCAGGGGGAACCAGGAAUGUUCUGUGCUAACCCUUGUGUUGGGAACACCAACACAGGGGAGCUGCCUGGCCAGAAUCCCUGUCCAGCCUCCUGAGCUGGAAGGGCAGUGUCCUGAGGUCGUGUCCCCAGCUUUGCCCCUCCAUGUCCGGGCACAGGUGGAGUCCCUGACGUUCGGGGCGGUGCAGCCGCCCCGGCACGGGCUGAUGGAGCGCAGCGGCCACGGGCAGCGUCCUCUGCAGGCCACCACCUUCACCACGGAUGACAUCUACCAGAAGCGCGGCAGCUACAGCCACCGCGGCGGCAGCGCGCUCAGGGACCGCUUCACCCUCACCGUCUCCGACGGCACCAGCCCCCUCUUCGUGGUGCAGGAGGGAGGGAAGAAGGUGUGGCCCACAUCAUGUUUAAGGUGGAGAUCAUGUCCAACGAAGACCGGGAGUGGCACGAGUCCUUUUCUCUGGUGCUGGGCCCAGAUGAUCCUGUGGAAGCAGGACCUAGGGACCUGCUGAUUCAAGGCUGAAGUGAACC